AUGGACAAGAAAGAAAAGCCAAAACUGAAACCAUCGAUCAAGCCUAAGAACAAGUCUGGCAAGCUCUUUCUGCCCAAAUGUUCGAGAGCUUCGCCAUCAUUUUCGCCAUUGUCUACCGAGUCGACCAGCAUGUCCGCAGCUAUCGAUACAACGGUGUCAAAAGACACGGUUAAGAAACGCACUUCCAAAUUGAGAAGUCACGUUUGGGACAAUUUCACAAAAGUAGACGCAGUGACUGCUCGAUGCCAAAUCUGUACGAAAAAAUUGAAACACGCUGGAAAUACAACAAAUUUAAUGCAACAUCUUUCUCGAAAGCACCCUCUAACAAAACGCCACAGUAAAAAAUCAGAAAGUGAUCAAGAUGAUCCUUCGGAAAAUGCAGAAAUGCAAAGGAACGCUCUAGCACCUGUAAAUGGAGGAACAUCGUCCGAAAAAAUUACCAACGUCGUACUAUAUAUGCUGGCAAUCGACAAUUGUCCUUUGUCCACCGUCGAAAACGAAGGAUUUUGCACACUCAAGAAGACAAUAGUUCCGCGGUACAAAAUCCCAUCAAGACGCACUAUUACUCGUUACAUGGACGAUAAGUAUGAACAUUUGCAUAGCAUGUUCAAACGCGAGAUUGCUCAAGUUACUGCAUUAACACUCACGUGUGAUAUCUGGUCCGAUAUUUCAAACCGUGGUUACUUAGGGAUAACGGUGCACUACUUAAAUAAUAAUAAUAAAAUGAAGAGUAGAUGCUUAGGCGUAUUGCCGUUAGACGAAAGCCACACGGCACAGUAUCUUUCACAGAUUCUUGUUGAGGGAAUUCAAUCCUUUGGAAUCCAUCGAGAAACCGUGACAGCGAUCGUGACUGAUAAUGACGCGAACAUUAAAAAAGCAGCAAUCGAUUGUUUUGGUGCUUCCAAACAUCUUGAGUGUUUUGUUCACGCUAUGUCGCAUAUUGUGCCCGAUGCCAUAAGUGCUACGCCUGAGGUUGAACAAGCAAUCGCAAAAGUAAAAGUUAUUGUCACACUAACGAAACGUAGCGUCGUCGUUUCGGACGAAUUACGGCGUCUGCAAAAACGGGAUGGAAAAACGGAAGCCACACUUCUCAAAUUUAAACAAGACGUUCCUACGAGGUGGAAUUCGACUGUGAUUAUGAUUGAGCGAUUUCUGGAGCUUCACGAAUACGUAUAUCCGAUAUCUCUUAAGUGCAAAGGGUCCGUAGAAAUGCCUAGGCGCGAAGAACUCGAUUUAUUGCGGGAUAUAGUUUUAGUUUUAAAACCUGUGGAAAAUGUAAUAACCGAGUGCAGCGGAGAUACAUAUGUCACAUCGAGUUUGAUAAUUCCAAUUAUCCGUUGUAUGAUGAUCGCUAUCAGGGCACGCAGUCCGUGCACUAAAAUAGGGCAACAGUUCCAAGAAAAACUUUUAUCAAAAUCAUAUCGUCGAUUUAAAGAUUAUGAGUCUCGCGAACUGCUUGCGAUUUCGACCAUUCUUGACCCGCAAUUUAAGAAGCUGCAUUUUCAAAAGCCUCUUCUCGCUGCGACUGCAAUCACGAAGAUCAAUGCAAUUAUUAAACAUCCAAGCAAAGGUCCUACCAUGCAAGUGAUGGAGGAUGAAAAUAAUUCGCAGAUAGCAAACGAUAGCGUAUGGAGUUUUCACGAUAAACUCAUUUUCGAGAAUAAAAGGGUAUCUUCCGAAUGCGACGAUCUCGCUCUCGAACUUAGACAGUAUUUGAAUCAGCCGGUUGUGUCGCGAACCGAAAAUCCCAUCGAAUACUGGAAUAAGUUGGGAGUUGCAUAUCCGACACUACAUUCCUGUGCUCUAAAAUAUUUAAGCAUUGUUGCUACAUCCGUUCCGUCAGAGAGAUUGUUUUCAAAAGCCGACGCAAUUAAGGCUGAACGUCGUAGUCGACUUACGGGAGACAGACUUAAUAAGUUGAAGGAGGCAAAUGCAUGCCAGGACCUCUCCUCCUCCAGGGUGGCGGCAAUCACCGCUGGAAGGGAGAGGUCCUGUCCUACUUCGUGGACGAGCACUGCCCGCUCGUCCGCCAAUGCGGGGCACUCUGCCAGCGUAUGCUGGGCAGUGUCGUCCACGGCCUCAGUGGUGGCAGCCGGGAGUCUGCUCCCUUCCGAUCCGACUCAGGUAGUGGCCGAAGCACCCGUGGCCAGUCAACACCUGAGUCAUCCGGAAGGACAACCCGCCCCAUCCUUCAUCGAUCCAUUGGUCGAGGAGGGGCCCGAUUGCCCCGACGACGCGCAGCCCCGGGGUGUUGUUCCCCGAGGCUACUAA